AAUUUGUUGCUGACAUUCAAGCGAUAAAGUUGUGCAUCGUCCUUUACCGUCGCUCAUUGCCUCAGUUGUUUUCUGUUUUUUUUUGUUUGUUAUGCGCGCCGGCUGUUUAAAUAUCAAACGAUCGCCAAAAAACAAGACUUUUAUUUUGCAAAAUUCAAGCGCACUUUUUGUUCAAUUUUUUUUUGCUUAUUCUGCUGUCUGUAUUUUUGUGUAUGUGUGAAAAAUAUAAAAUAUUUAUGAAUUGUGAAUAUUGUUGCCAUGCCGCAUACGGAGUAAUAAUAAUAUAAAAUAUGCACCUGUCUCCCAGUAGUCAGUGAAGCCUGAAGAGCCAAGCCACAAAAGUGUAAAGUGCACUCGCCAGCAAAGCUUUUGAAAAACAACCAAUACAAAAACGAAAACAAAACAAAGAGGCGGAAAGCAACAAAAACAACAACGACAACAAGAAAUUUGCAACUCGAGAAUUUUUGCGCUCCAAUUGCAGAAGAGCUAUUGUUGUUGUUAUUGUUGUUGUUGGGUGUGUUUGUCUUCUUCUGCUAAGCAACCAACACAAAUGAGUUGUGGUCUGAGGCAAUGAUGAUGAUGAUGUCGACGUCGACGUCGAUGACUGACUGCAGCAGCAGCAGCAUGCAAGGAUCGACAACGAGUAGCGCCUCCAGCGAUGUGAUGACACUGACCACCACAGCGGCAUCAUCGUGGUGUGCGAUGCCGUCGAGCACGCGUCUGCGUGUAGUGCGACUGGUGCGGCCGCAUCAGCGACGGCUGCUUGUGGUGCCGCCGGAGCGUAGUGCCACCUUUGGAUUUGCGGUUCGCGGUGGCAAGGAGCAUGGCAUCGGUUUCUUUGUCUCGCACGUUGAGCAUGGGGGCGAGGCGCAGCUGAAGGGCUUGCGCAUUGGCGAUCAGAUCUUGCGCAUCAAUGGCUAUCGACUGGAGGAUGCGGUGCACAAGGAGUUCAUACAGCUGGUGGCCAGCCAGGAUCGUGUCACGCUCAAGGUGCGCGGCGUUGGAAUGCUGCCAGUCAAGGAGCAACCGGAUGAGCGUCUCUCCUGGAGCGUUGUAAAGCUGCCCAGCGUAAGCGGAACACCGUCAGAGAGUUCAUUCAAGACGACGACGACAGGGACGGGUUCGGGUUCGGGCACGGGGACGGGAAUGGGAAUGGGGACGGGAGAACGUCGAACGGCCAGUCGUGAGAUAAAUGUGGUGCUGCAUGUGGCACCCCGCACUAAACUGGGUCUUGGCAUCUGCAAGGGACCCGAAUGGAAACCCGGCAUCUUUGUGCAGUUCACCAAGGAGCGGAGUGUGGCGCGGGAGGCGGGUUUGCGGCCGGGCGAUCAAAUCCUCAGCGUGAACAGCAUCGAUUUCUCCGAUGUGCUCUUCAGCGAGGCAGUCGCUGUGAUGAAGGGCUCCAGCCAGCUGGAUAUGGUGGUGCGCACCGCUGCCGGCUGUGAUCUGUUCCCAGGUGAAUCCAGCGGCUACAACAGCUCCGCCAGCUCGGUGACGGGCGAUCAGAGUCCCUGCUGGGCGGACGCCAAAUCCAAGCGACUGACAGCGGUCCGCGAGGAACCCACCCAGCAGCAGCAGCAGCAGCAAUCCUCCAAUGGCGGCGGUGUGCAAAUGCACAAGCAACUCAACAAGACAAUCAUUAAGCUGACAGAGAAUGGCACCUCCAUCAACAACACCUACAUAGCCAAUGCCAAUGACCAGCAGCAACAGUCCGUGGAACAACACCUAUCCGUCAGCCGCAGCACCACAAUGCGACGCAGCUGCUCGGCGACAGCGCCUGCACCACCCCCACCAGCAGCCAUGACCAACUCUGCCAGCAGCAGCAGUGCCGGAGGCGGAGGCGGCAACAGCAGCAGUCUCUCUAGUGCCAUAACCGAGGAGCUCAAGAAACGCAAAGAGAAGCAGCAGCAGCAACAGCAGCAGCAGCAACCACAACAACAGGUGGGGCAACCACGCAGCAGCCACUUGAGUCGAGGCAAAGAUCGAGAUGAGCGAAUUGAAGAUCGCUCGCACAACAAACAGAACAGCAACAACAAUAACAACAGCGGCAGCAGCAGCAGCAGCAGCAACCGCAGCGUUGCACAAGUGUCGCAUAAGCGUGAACGCACCACAAGCUCAGGCCGAGCUGGAUGUGUUGGUGGAGGAGCAAAUGGUGGCAACAGUGGUGCAGCGGUUGGUGCAACUGCAACUGGCGAUCAGCACACGGCGCUGAUGGAUGAAUUUAAGCGGGCGCAUCAGCGCAUGUUUAGGAACGGGUUCCAUGAGAGCGAGCACAAGGAACGCGGCGAGACACUAAAACGCACUUCGAUAAUGCCCGAUGAUAGCUGCUAUCGCAACAGCACCAACAACAACAGCACCAACAACAACAGCACCAACAACAACAGCAACAACAACAAGAGCACCAACAACAACAGCAACAACAAAAUGAGCAACAAAAACAGCAACGGAAGCAAUCGCAUGUCGCUGCUUAACGGCAACAACAACAACAACAGCAGCCACAAUAUGAAUGGAACGCUGGAAUUACCGCCACCGCCGCCGCAAUUUGCCAAUCCGCUCAAGCUAAGCAUUCCCAAUGGCAAUGGCAAUGGCAAUGGAAAGAGCAAGAUGACGACGACGACGACGUCAACGUUGACGUCGCCGCGAACGCAAGCGUUGUCGCCUGUGCGCAGUCCUGGCAUCAAUAUUGGAGGCGGCUUACGUGCGCCAGCCACGCCCCAGCCGGACUAUGAUGCCGCAGCGACAGUUCAGCUGCGCAGCAAUGCAACAGCGCCAAUGACAGCAACCACACCAACAGCAUCAUCUGCAGCUGCAACAGCAGCAGCAGCAGCAGCAGCAGCAGCGUCAAAUGGCAGUCAGCAGCAGCAGCAGCAGCAGCAGCGACGCACAUUGCGCCUGGGCACCGUUACAAUUGGAGAAUACGGCGAGCAGCAGCGUGCUGGCAGCCGUGAAACUCUUCGCAAAAUGCCAUCCAUUGGUAGCGGGAGUGGAAACGGCGCUCAAACAAACGGCAUACUCAAAAAUGGCAACCGCAGCAGCGCCAGCUUCAACAACAACAACAGCAGCAGCAACAACAACAGCAGCAGCAGCAACAACAACAGCAGCAGCAGUCGCCAGCAGCAGACCAUUAAGUUUGGCAACUGACGACUGGUGGGCGCCAAUUGCAACGUAGCCGUAAAAUCAUUUGUGCAAUAUGCUUUGCUGACAGUACAAAAACAAACACAAAAAAACACAAAAAAAAAUCAAAUGAAAUGCGAG